UCAAACCACCGCGGAAGGUCACACGCACCGCACCGCACCGCGCCGCUGUAUGGUCCAGUACGGUCCAGUUCAACUCCAUGGAAUUAUGAACACUACGCGUUGAUUUUUCUGUGCGCGUUUUAAUAUUUCCCUAAAGGGACUAAUGCGGCUCUGAGACCUGGAGCCGGCUCCUCGUGCGUAAAGGUCACGAUGUCUUCCUGAUGUUUCCGGAGGCAGCUGUCUGCACUACAAACCCAGAAAACACAGGACCCCUUAAACCUAAAGUCAUCUGUCACCAGACACAAAUCUCGGCUGCUGUGUCCCACAUUACGAUCCUGCUCCUGCAGAACGGCGCACAGUGACGCAAAGCUAAAAGAUCCGUUCACGUUGGCGCAGAAAGACCUAACAAGUUUGUACGAUGACAUCAAAAAGGAGCUGUUUGUAUCCAAAGAGGAGCUGAAGUCACUGUGUGACUACUAUUUUGAUGGCAAAGGCAAAGCAAUUCGACCGCUGAUAGUUGUGCUGAUGGCCCGGGCCCUCAACAUACACAGCAACAAAGCCGGAGAUUUGCUUCCGGGCCAGAGGGCCAUCGCUAUGAUCUCUGAAAUGAUCCACACUGCCAGCCUGGUUCAUGACGACGUCAUAGAUGGGUCGGAUAAACGAAGGGGAAAGAGAACCAUCAAUGAAGUGUGGGGUGAAAGAAAGGCUAUCUUGGCAGGUGAUUUCAUUCUCUCGGCUGCCUCCAUGGCCUUGGCUCGCAUUGGUGACAUCGCCGUUGUAAAGGUCUUGUCCCAGGUGAUAGAGGACCUGGUGCGAGGUGAAUUCAUGCAGCUGGGCUCCAAAGAGAACGAGAACGAAAGAUUCAAGCACUACCUCGAGAAAACCUUCAAGAAGACUGCGAGUCUCAUAGCAAACAGUUGUAAAGCAGUUUCAAUUCUGGUCAAUUCUGAUCCUGACGUUCAUGAAAUAGCCUACCAGUAUGGGAAGAAUGUCGGCAUCGCCUUUCAGCUGGUGGAUGAUGUUUUAGACUUCACAUCCGGAGCCAGUCAGUUGGGGAAGCCUUCUGCUGCAGAUCUCAAAUUGGGUUUGGCCACUGGACCAGUGCUUUUUGCUUGUCAGCAGUUUCCAGAGCUUCAUGCAAUGAUCAUGAGACGAUUCAGCUCUAAUGGAGAUGUGGAUCGAGCCUGGCAGUACGUCCUACAGAGCGAUGGUGUGCAACAGACCAACUACCUGGCUCAGCGCUACUGUCAGGAAGCAAUCAGGCAGAUCAGUCAACUCCAGCCGUCCCCGGAGAGAGACGCCCUCAUCAGGAUCACAGAGAUGGUGCUUACCAGAGACAAGUGAACCUCUUCAGGCAGCUGCGUGUGGAAAGGCACGUCACCCCCCCCGGUUCAUUGUGAAAGCUGGGGUCACGAAAAAGAUGGCGAGAGAAGCGAGUUUGGCUACUAAAGAACCCUGGUGAAGAUUUUCAUGCCAUGUCUGGAUGAACAAACUUGUUUGUCUGGAGUUUAAACGGCAAGGAGAUGUCUCUGAACAGAGACAAAAUCUGAACUAAAAUCCAGGACAUGCCAAUCUGACGUGUGUGCAGAUGAUAUUCAAAAAUCCUGAGUUUGAUUUGGAAAAGAAUUGUGCAUUGUAUUUGAAACAUUUUUUUACAUACAGUACUGAAUUUGCCUCCCAUGCCUCCAACUGUAAGUAAACGGUACACACUAGUCCUGAGCUGCAGAGGUGUGUAACAAUGUAACUCACAACGAGGUGGAAAUGCUUUGUCAGCAGCGUGAGUCUCAAGCUUUUAUGAGAUCCGUCCACAACUCAAAGGCCAAACUUGUUUAAUGAGGUAACUUGUGUAAUAUGCAAAGUGCUGUCUUACAACCAAGGCCUUAACAUCUGCAACUACUGUGCUUAAUAAACAUUUUUUAUUGA